AAAACCCACACUAAAAACCCACAUUUUCCUAGUUUUCUCCAUUCCAACGGGUAAGCUUCGAAAAGCGAUUUCUCAUUCACCCGUUAUCCAUUUUGAGCGUACCAUAUAUUGAAUUGUAGCCCUAAGCAAGGAGAAUCCGAAACCACUUUGACCCGACCCAAAUCAGAAGUGGACCCCACUCAAAACAUUGCCCCAAAAUGACCAUUUAAUACAAUUUUAACACACUUUUUCCAACAGAAUGUUGCUGCGUUACUAACUGAAAAUGGCAAAGAUUGGAAUGUGAGCUGUAUUAAGAAUAUAUUUCAGAACGGGGAGUGCGACAAAAUACUUGCUAUCCCUUUGAGUGUGCAUCCAGUGGAGGAUGGUUAUUGGUGGGUGGGGGAAGCUAAAGGUUGCUUUACAGUGAAAAGCUGUUAUAGACGUAUCACAGGUGAAAUUCAGUCGACGCACUGGGAUGGUUGGACGGUAAUGUGGCAGCUUAAGAUCCCUCCUAAAGUAAAACAUUUUUUCUGGCAAACAAUGGUAGGAUCCCUUCCAACGGCGGACAGAUUGAUACAAAAACGAGUUAACAUUGCAGGAGACUGUCAAAUCUGUAAAAGGGAGCCAGAAUCAGUGUGGCAUGUAUUUUGGAAAUGCCCAUUGGCACAGGAAAUCUGGGAGAAAUUAGGUGUGCGCCAAUCGUGUCUGCGGACAGAUUUUAUGGAAUGGAUUAAAGCUGUUUUUACUUCACUAUCAGAAUUCAGAAGAAAGUCGCUGCAAAUUCAUCAUGUUAAUGUGGAGUUUGUGGAAGCACAGGAAUGAGGUUGUUUGGAAGGGUUGCUCGGUGUCAUGUGGAGGUGUAUGGUACCUGGCAGUAGCAAUGUUAGAGGGAUGGAGGGCAGCACAAGACAUGUCUGUGAAGGCGGGGGAGGUAAGACAGAGUAUGAUUGGUAGCAAAUGGCAUAAACCGCAGCCCGUUUGGAUCAAGAUAAAUGUAGAUGCAGCCAUAGACAACCGGAGCGGUAGGAGAGCAUGGGGCUGGAUAGCUCGGGAUGAGGGGGGGGGGGCUGUUUUAUUGGUGCUAGGAAUAAAUCUGUCCAGGCUCCUUGGACACCCUUCGAGACAGAGGCUAGAGGUGUAAGAGAGGCAUUUAUUUGGGCUCGGGUCAAUGGAUGUGAGCGUGUUAUUGUGGAGUCGGACGCCACACUAGUUGUUUCCGGAAUUGAAGGAGAUCCGGGACUGUCUUAUGUGGAGUUGAUCAUCAAUGACAUAAGGGAAAUGCUUCGGAUAAGUGAGAAUCAGAAGGUGACUUUCUGUAGGAGAUCUGCGAAUCGAGUUGCUCAUGCUCUAGCUAGGGCGGCUGUUUCUUAUGCAGAUAGCAAUAAUGAGUUUAACUUUAUGCCUGAUUAUAUUGUAAGCCUGGUGGCAAAUGAUGAGUUAAAUUAAUAGAAUUGUUGUUUUCCUCUCAAAAAAAAGAAAAAAAAAGAGUAUUGUAUUAUAUUAUUUAGAAAUCUUCCAAUUUGUAUGUUGUGUCUUGGAAUGUAAAUACCAUGGAGUUUCACAAAAUCUGUG